AUGGAAUGUAACGAAAAUGGCUCGGAAUGUUUGUCACCGGCGCGUGGGGUCAAGCGAAAGCGAGGAGCUGAUGGUGAAAGCAAACUGCGUGUGCAUCACGCCGAUCCAAUGUUUGGCCCGUCUUUUCCAUCGAUGUACAACUGUCUCCUGCAAUCGCGUAGAGUCCAACGGUACAGCUUUCACCACCCCAUUGCGAGAGAUCCCUUUAUGAGCAACAUGGACGAAAUAUCGUAUUGGGUGUUCACUAAAAGAGCACCUUGCCUUUACGAUUAUGACAAACUAGUCAAGAAGCAAAGUGGAGAGGCCCACAGCUCGAGACAAAUCUGUGGACCCACAUACCCUCUUGAAAACGAAGUUCCUUCUACUAAAAAGAAGAAGAAAAAUGUUCUAGAUGAUGAUUCUAUUCAUUCACAAAAUAAGCAAAAUGUGUACUUUGAAACUCCUAUGAUAAAUUAUAAAAAGGCAAUUAUCAAUUGUAAAUCCAUAUCCCCUGGGCCCAACAUUGAAGUGAAUAUUCAAAAUACAUCAACUCCAAAAGCUAAGAGACCAAGGCUCCAGAAAAAUGGAAGAAAAACUUGUGCUAUGAGAAAAAAAGUAGUCAGUUCAACCCCCAAAGUAGAACAACAAAAUCUUAGAAGAAGUUUACGUCUCCAGCAAAGUCUAAAUAAUAGUGCACCAUUCGAUUCUUCCUUAGAAAUUCUUAAUGAUAGCCCCGUAAAUGGUAUUAAAAGGCAAGAUUCGGCACUGAUCAAACAAAAAGGUGACAAUAAAAGAACUGAUGUAUUUAAAAAGGAAUCAUCUAAAAGUAAAGACAAAAAUUUACUCAAUGGUGAAUUUGAGGAUUAUAGUGAUGUAUCUGGCUUCACUGCUAACUACAUCCGCUCCACUAAACUUGCUAAAACACCAAGAAAAAUUAGAAGAAGGCAUAAUAGGAAUUUAGUGGAAGAAUCAAGACAAAACGUUGAUCCUGAAAGAAGCAAGGUUGUUAUGUGUGUCACUAAAUCUGUGAACACAGGUGAACAUGCUUCAGCUGUGCUCAAUCACAGUACAGACUCCUCACAGAAUGUUAUUAAUCUUAUAACUGUGAGUGACAAAGAGAAGUCAAAGAGGGUUAAUCAGAGCACAUCCAUGCACAAGUUUGUAGAUUCUCCAGGCUGUAAGAAAAACGUUAAAAAGAAUGUGAAUGGGAAUUUUAUACACGACUCAUUUCAGUCCGGCAGCAGUGCUGCAUCGCGUUACCCUAAGAGAGGGAACAGGCAAAUUAAGCCACUAUCAAAUGAAAGGAAAGAAAAUUCUCCAGAAAGGAUAGUUUACAGAACCAGAAGUCGAAAGCGAUUGACUGAAGAGUUAUGCGAUCAAAUUACUUCAAAUGGUGAAAGUUCCAAGGCGAUCAUUAAUGUAGGAAGUCCGGUUCUGAGUGGAAAAGUUGUGGACACUUUGAAAGAUAAGGAGAGUGCCAUUUUGCGGAAAUGUGUAGGCCGUGUGAAAAAGUCAUUAGACAGAAGGCAUUUAAAAAGGGAUUCACUUCGUGACAAAAGUGGUUUUGCUAAUCUUUUUUCAGACAGUGAUAGUGAUGUCGAAUCUAAGUCACAAAAAUUCUUUUGUUAA